AUGGCUCGGCCCAGAGACUCGCGCUCACCAAGUCCUGCAGGCAGUCAAAUCAGCUCACGUCGCCACCGAAAAGAUGAUGAUCGGCGGGAUAGGGACCGUCGAGAUGACGGCAGGGACUAUCGCCGACGCUCCAGAUCGCGCAGUCCAGAUGUGAGAAGACGUGAUGAUCAUGGAUCGACUGGCCUGUAUUCUGACCUUAUUCUCAACAAGCAGAACCGAUACCGCGAUCGUGGUGGCCGCGACCGCGACCGCGACCGUGAUCGCGACUCAUACCGCCGCAGAGAACGGUCUGUAGAUCGACGCGAUGACGACCAUUACCGUGGAGGAACGAGAGACCACCGCGACAGAGAAAGACGCAGGUCGCGUGACCGGUAUAAUGACAGGCCUCGGUCCCCUGCACGCCGACGAAACCGCAGCCGUGACGAUGACAGAGAUCAUAGGAGGCGACCUGAUUCCCGUGACGGUGGUCGCGGACGCCGUGAGGGCACCGCCGACUCUCACCCCCGCAGCAGCCGCGCUGACAGCCGAAAUCGAAAGACUCCUCUUACUGACAGCGGCAAAGCUGGGUCCGAUCAAACUAAGAAGACCAAGGCGGCGGCGCCUCCGUCUGAUGCUGACAAGAAGGCCGAGCGACUCGCAAAAUUAGAGGCCUGGAAGAAGAAGAAAGAGAGCGAGAGUCAGAAGCAGAAAGAAGUGAAUCCUAGCCAGACUAGAAGCUUGCUGGCUGAAAUGGAUAUGAAGGCCCUGGGGCAUUCUCCCUCUGCUGGCUCGCCUGGUGUUUCGUCAGUCGCAUCGCCGGCGACGCUGAAUGACUCUGGCAGUGCAUCUCCUGCUGUUCCUUAUGCUGGCAAGUUUGACCCCAAGACCAUUGCCAAGAAAUCUGCUGCAUCGAGAACGCAUGAUACUUCCAAAUCUGUGUUGGGCUCACUUGAUGUCCAACAAGAAAAGAUGGCUGCGCCAGUCAAACAGAAAACAAUUGGUGAGUGCCGCCAACACUCCACUGUGGCCAAUGGAUUAAACCCGGUUGUUAACAUUGAUUGUCUAAAAGCCUCUGCUUUACCCGCCAACAGAGUGAAAACGAGUGCCUUCGGUUUCGGAAAGUCCCAGGCGGACGCGGACAAGCUCCCUACGAAGCGCAAGCUCGAUCUCGACGAAGAGGAUACCACGAAGCGGACGCUGACAAAGCUACCUGCUCUACCAAUGGAAACGGACGAUACCCCUUACGCUGAUCAGGAUGAGGACGACGACUCAGAUGGAGACAAUUUCGCUGAGAAUGAGGAAGAGGCUGCUGCUGCGGCACGUGCUGCCCACGAGAGGCGACUGCAGACGGAAAAUCAAACUGAGCCCCAGCCAGGUGAGCCCAUGGAGGAAGAUUCCAAGGAAGACCGUAUGCAAGUUGAUCAAGAGACAAAUGGCGUUCCUGAGAGCAACGGUGUUGAUGUUGCCCCAGCAGCUGAGCCAAAGCCAGAGCCACAGCCAGAGCCGGCGCCGGAAGCGGCGCCGGAGCAGAGCAUGGAUGUGGAUGAAGAAGAGGACGUGGAUCCUCUGGAUGCGUUCAUGGCCGACCUGAAGCAGACUGAAACAAAGAAGCCCGUCAAGUCUACCCUUGCUGCGAAAAAGGCUCAGGAACCCGAAGCCUAUUUCAGCGACGAUGAGUACAACUUUGAUGCAGAGCGGAAAGGUGAUGGCGACAUCCUUGCUAUUGCAAACAAACGUAAAAAGAAGGAUAUCCCAACUGUGGAUUAUAGCAAGAUUGACUUGGUACCUGUUCGCAAAAAUUUCUGGGUCGAGCCCGCCGAGUUGAGUGCCCUUACCGAGGAAGAGCUGGCUGAUUUGCGCCUGGAACUCGACGGUAUCAAGGUCAACGGCAAAGACGUACCCAAGCCAGUCCAGAAAUGGGCUCAGUGCGGCCUCACGCGGCAGACGUUGGAUGUCAUUGACAACCUGGGUUACGAGAAGCCGACUACCAUUCAGAUGCAGGCCAUCCCUACGCUCAUGUCUGGGCGGGAUGUCGUUGGUGUAGCCAAGACGGGCUCUGGCAAGACCGUGGCGUUUCUCCUCCCUAUGUUCCGCCACAUCAUGGACCAGCCGCCGAUCAAAGACACUGAUGGACCAGUUGGCUUGAUCAUGACGCCUACUCGUGAGUUGGCGACUCAGAUUCACAGGGAUUGCAAGCCAUUUUUGAAGAGCAUGGGGUUGCGCGCCGUCUGUGCGUAUGGCGGUGCGCCAAUUCGUGAUCAGAUUGCCGAGUUGAAGCGUGGCGCUGAGAUCAUCGUCUGCACUCCCGGUCGAAUGAUUGAUUUGCUUGCCGCUAAUCAGGGCCGGGUUACGAACCUGAGGAGAGUAACAUAUGUCGUGCUGGAUGAGGCUGAUCGAAUGUUUGACAUGGGCUUCGAACCUCAGGUUAUGAAGAUCUUUGCUAGCAUGCGACCUGACAAGCAAACGAUUCUGUUCUCUGCAACGAUGCCUCGGAUCAUUGACUCCCUGACCAAGAAGGUUCUGAAGAGCCCUGUUGAGAUUACAGUGGGUGGUCGGAGUGUUGUCGCCAAGGAAAUUGAGCAGAUUGUCGAGGUCCGUGAGGAGAGCACCAAAUUCUUCCGCGUCUUGGAGCUUCUUGGUGAAUUGUAUGAUCGCGAUGAAGACGCCCGCGCAUUAAUUUUCGUCGACCGACAAGAAAAGGCGGACGACCUGCUCAAGGAGUUGAUGAUCAAGGGCUACCCUUGCAUGUCGAUUCACGGAGGCAAGGACCAAGUGGACCGCGACUCGACGAUUUCAGAUUUCAAAAAGGGUGUUGUGCCGCUGCUUGUGGCCACAUCAGUAGCUGCUCGAGGUCUCGACGUCAAGCAGUUGAAGCUAGUCAUCAACUACGAUGCACCUAACCAUCUCGAAGAUUAUGUUCACCGUGCAGGUCGAACAGGCCGUGCAGGGAAUACGGGCGUCGCAGUCACGUUUGUCACACCCGAUCAGGAAAACUGCGCUCCUGGCAUUGCCAAGGCUCUAGAGCAGAGUGAGCAGCCUGUGCCCGAGCGUCUUAAUGAGAUGAGAAAGGCACAUCGCGAAAAGGUCAAGUCCGGCAAGGCCAAGGACUCGUCUGGCUUUGGUGGCAAGGGUCUCGAUCGUCUCGACCAAGAACGUGAAGCCGCUCGUCUAAGAGAACGCAGAACCCAUAAGGCCGAGGGCGAAGAGGAAGAGGAGAAAGAAGACAAGGAGGAAGAGAACAAGAAGGCCGAAAAGGCUCUCGAUGCCAUCCGAGCAGCCGCAUCAGGCGUCCAAGCGCGAGAUAACGCCAAGGCGGCGGCAGAGGGUCAAAAGGGCAGCGACACACCGACCGGCGGCGCUGACAAGACCAAAGAUGCCCUCGACAAGGUCAGUUCCGCAGUCAGCGCCAUCAACAGCCGUCUCGGCAAAGCCGGCCAACUACGUUCUGGUCAGCCCAUUGACAAUAAGGGUCCUGACGCCGGCGCAUACCACGCCACUCUCGAAAUCAACGAUUUCCCGCAAAAGGCGAGAUGGGCCGUCACCAACAGAACCAAUGUGGCCAAGAUUCUGGAUUCCACAGGAACAUCCAUCACGACCAAGGGUAGUUUCUACCCUGCUGGCAAGGAGGUCCCUCCCAAUGCGGAUCCCAAGCUGUAUAUUCUCAUUGAGGGUGACACGGAACUAGCUGUUGGUUCGGCGCUCCAAGAAAUGACUAGAUUGCUGAGAGAGGGAACCAUUGCUGCAGCUGAUGCGGAUAGCAGAGCACCAGCUAGUGGUCGUUAUACAGUCAGUUAA